AUGUCCCUCUCCGCCCAACCCGCAGAUCCAACCCCAGACCAGCAAGACCCCCAACCCCACAACUCCCUUCAACCCACACUACCCACAGCGCAAACCAAAAAAUAUCUCCACCGCAUAUCCCUGCACCCAACGCUAACCCCCUACCGCCGGCGCGUGUACCGCACGCUCCUCUCCGUCCCGCCGGGUCGGUGGACCACGUACUCGGCGAUGGCGACGUAUCUAGGCUCCAGUGCGCGGGCGGUCGGGAACGCGAUGCGCAGUAACCCCUUUGCGCCGGAGGUGCCGUGUCAUCGGGUUCUUGCAGCGGAUGGGUCGUUGGGUGGGUAUAAAGGGGAGUGGAAGGUUGAUGGGCAUAAAGGUGGUGGUGGGUUUUGCGAGGAGAAGAGGCUUAGGCUUGAGGAGGAGGGGGUUGUUUUUUUGGAUGGGAAGGUUAGGGGGAUUUGUUUUAAGGAGUUUGUGGAUUUGGGGGCUAAGUGA